GAGAGAAGCGCAGCGCCGCGCCGGGGCCCAUGUGGGGAGGAGUCGGAGUCGCUGUUGCCGCCGCCGCCGCCGCCGCCUGUAGCUGCUGGAGCCGGGUGGGAGUGAGGGGGAAACGGCAGGAUGAAGUUCGCCGAGCACCUCUCCGCGCACAUCACUCCCGAGUGGAGGAAGCAAUACAUCCAGUAUGAGGCUUUCAAGGAUAUGCUAUAUUCAGCUCAGGACCAGGCACCCUCUGUGGAAGUUACAGAUGAGGACACAGUAAAGAGGUAUUUUGCCAAGUUUGAAGAAAAAUUUUUCCAAACCUGUGAAAAAGAACUUGCCAAAAUCAACACAUUUUAUUCAGAGAAGCUGGCAGAGGCUCAGCGCAGGUUUGCUACCCUUCAGAAUGAGCUUCAGUCAUCACUGGAUGCACAGAAAGAAACUACUGGUGUUACUACGUUGCGACAACGCAGAAAGCCAGUCUUCCACCUAUCCCAUGAGGAACGUGUUCAGCAUAGGAAUAUUAAAGACCUAAAACUGGCCUUCAGUGAGUUCUACCUCAGUCUUAUCCUGCUGCAGAACUAUCAGAAUCUGAAUUUUACAGGGUUUCGGAAAAUCCUUAAAAAGCAUGACAAGAUACUGGAAACAUCUCGUGGAGCAGAUUGGCGAGUGGCUCAUGUGGAAGUGGCCCCAUUUUAUACAUGCAAGAAAAUCAACCAGCUUAUCUCUGAAACCGAGGCGGUAGUAACCAAUGAACUUGAAGAUGGUGACAGACAAAAGGCCAUGAAGCGUUUGCGUGUCCCCCCUUUGGGAGCUGCUCAGCCUGCACCAGCAUGGACAACUUUCAGAGUUGGUCUGUUUUGUGGCAUAUUCAUUGUACUGAAUAUUACUCUUGUGAUUGCAGCUGUAUUUAAACUUGAAACAGAUAGAAGCAUAUGGCCCUUGAUAAGAAUCUAUCGGGGCGGCUUUCUUCUGAUUGAAUUCCUCUUUCUCCUGGGCAUCAACACUUAUGGUUGGAGACAGGCUGGAGUAAAUCAUGUGCUCAUCUUCGAACUUAACCCAAGAAGCAAUUUGUCUCAUCAACAUCUCUUUGAGAUUGCUGGAUUCCUGGGGAUACUGUGGUGCCUAAGCCUCCUGGCAUGCUUCUUUGCUCCAGUUAGUGUCAUCCCCACAUAUGUGUAUCCACUUGCCCUUUAUGGAUUUAUGUUCUUCUUUCUUAUUAAUCCCACCAAAACUUUCUAUUAUAAAUCACGGUUUUGGCUGCUUAAACUUCUGUUUCGAGUAUUUACGGCUCCCUUCCAUAAGGUAGGCUUUGCUGACUUCUGGCUGGCCGAUCAGCUAAACAGCCUGUCAGUGAUACUAAUGGACCUGGAAUAUAUGAUCUGCUUCUACAUUUUUGAGCACAAAUGGAAUGAAAGUAAGGGCCUGUUGCCAAAUGACCCAAAAGAAGGAGAACUUUGCCACAGUUACUCAUACGGUGUCCGAGCAGUUGUGCAGUGCAUUCCUGCUUGGCUUCGUUUUAUCCAGUGCCUGCGCCGAUACCGCGACACAAGAAGGGCCUUUCCUCACUUGGUAAAUGCUGGCAAAUACUCCACAACUUUCUUCACGGUGACAUUUUCAGCCUUGUACAGCACUCACAAAGAACGAGCGCACUCUGAUACAAUGGUGUUCUUUUACUUGUGGAUUGUCUUCAGUGUCAUCAGCUCCUGUUACACCCUCAUUUGGGACCUAAAGAUGGACUGGGGUCUCUUUGACAAGAAUGCAGGAGAAAACACUUUCCUUCGGGAAGAAAUUGUAUACCCUCAAAAAGCCUACUACUACUGUGCCAUCAUCGAAGAUGUGAUACUGCGCUUUGCUUGGACCAUCCAGAUCUCAGUUACCUCUACCACUUCCUUGCCUCAUGUUGGGGACAUCAUUUCUACUGUCCUUGCUCCCCUUGAGGUUUUCCGGCGAUUUGUGUGGAACUUCUUCCGGCUGGAGAAUGAACAUCUAAAUAACUGUGGUGAAUUCCGUGCUGUGCGGGACAUCUCUGUGGCUCCCCUAAAUGCAGAUGACCAGACACUCCUAGAACAGAUGAUGGACCAGGAAGAUGGGGUACGAAACCGCCAGAAGAAUCGGUCAUGGAAGUACAACCAUAGCAUAUCCUUGCGCCGGCCUCGUGUUGCUUCUCAAUCCAAGGCUCGUGACACUAAGGUACUUAUAGAAGACACGGAUGAUGAAGCUAACACUUGAUUCCCUGAAGUCUAGAUUAACAUCCUUGGUUUCCUACUCUGCGAUUCUUUCCUCGACCAACGCAACCUCCAGUACCUUUUCCAGCUGAAAACAGGAGAAAACACAUAACACAUUUCCGAGCUCUUCCAGAUCGGAUCCUAUGGACUCCAAACAAGCUCACUGUGUUUCUUUUCUUUUCUUCUGGUUUAAUCUUAAUUUUCUAUUUUUAAAACAAAUACUUCAUUUUGCCAAUCAGAGGAUAUUUUAAAGAACAAAAACAUAAUAUCUAAAGGAUUGUUUACAAUCACAAAGACACAGACACCUAUCAGAAUGAAAAGCAAGCGCUGAAAGGACCUCUGAUGGGACGGUAUAUGACUCAGCUUCCGCUUGGCCCGGUUUUGACUGGUUGAAACCGGACAUUGUUUUUUAAAUUUUUUGUCAGCUUAUGUGGAGAAUUUUUUUCCUUCAUGCCCAGCGCAAAGGCACUGGCAGCACUUGCAGGAAAAGUGCAACUUAGAGCAGUACCUUCAUUCAUGAAGCUGCUUUUUAAUUUGAUGUAACUUUUCUUAUUUUGGGGAGGGUUUCCGGGUGGGUGGGAGAUACGAUGUAUUUGUUACAUAUAGUUUUCUCAUUAUUUAUGAAAUUUAACCAUCAAAGAAUAUUACUCCUAUAUAAUGAAGGUGGUAACAGUGAAAGAAGAUAGGAGAAACCAAUGUUGUAUGGCAUUUCUGAGGGUCAGUCCCAUGUACCUGUUUUAGGAGGCAACUUAUUUCAGUUUGACCUUUCCUCCUCUUUCUUUUAAUUUUAUGCCAAAGUUUUAUUGCUAAAUUUGAAAUUGCUGCUGCUUUAGAGACCUCAGCAUCUCUCUCAAAAUACAACAUAACCCACAUACCCUGAACCACCAAUUGAAGUUCACAUAUGAGGGUUUAAUAUUUCUUUUUCUCAUUUUUAGGGACAGAUGUGGAGUUUAUUUCUCCAUACUCCAUUCACAGCUAAAGCUCUGCCUUAUGCUUCAACAUGUCGGGAAAUUGUAGUAUAAUCCUAACUAACUCUGAAUUGAAAGAGCUAUUUUAGAGAUACUUCACACUUAGACUAGUAGUUUUUCCUUUUUAGCCAGAAUUUGAUCAAAUUAAAAGACCAUUGUAAGCCGGGCGUGGUGGUGCAUGCCUUUAAUCCCAGCACUCAGGAGGCAGAGGUAGGAGGAUUGCCUUGAGUUUGAGGCCACCCUGAGACUACAGACUACAUGGUGAAUUCCAGGUCAGCCUGGGUGAGAGUGAAACCCUACCUCAAAAAAAAAAAAAGUCCAAUAUGAGGAACCAUAUUUUGGGGCAUGUAGAACAAAUCCUUUCCCCUCCAUAUUACAUUGCCCCAAAGACCUUGGCAGCCAUUUCUAAACCAGUAUUAGAAAAUGAACACUGUCUCUUGUGCUCUCUCAUAAUAGACACCUGAUUUUAAAUUGGUGGGGGUUGAGGCCUUUAAGUCUGGUCAUACAUCAAAAAUAUUUUUCUUAGAAGUCCCAGGCUGUUACGGUAUAUAGACAAUGUCCAUUUCACUUCUUUGUCUCAUUCCUUUUCUUCUAAGUUCUCUAGACAAGCCUAAAAACCAUACAUACAGCAUUUAACUUUUAUGAAUAUGGCUGACAUUCACUCAAGCAUUUCAGGGCGAGGGUGUGCUCAGUGGAAGUAGUGUUUGCCUAGCAUUCUCAUGACUCUGGGUUUAGUGUCCAGCACUAACAAAAUUAAUGUAAAUACCAAGAAAAAAGAGUUAAAGUUGUUCAGUCCCCCCCCCCAAGAAAUUUUGAUGGAAGCUGCAGAGUCAGUACCAUCAGAUUCAUGAAAAGUAAAUUCACUUCUGUCAUUUUAGCUCAAUUUUAGACAAAAGAGCAGCUAAAAAGGCAGCUGUUAACACUUACUUUGUCAUAAAAAUAUGAUUCUCCUCUUAAUUUACCCUCUUGUCACUGGAUCUUUUCUAGUAUAUCACAACCUUUGCUCAUUAAAGUUACUGUCACUACCAAAAUUCUACCAAAAGGAGCUUCUUUCAUCUUUAUUUUGACAAGUUUCCAGUUUUCCCUUUCUGAAUCAAUUUUUUUUAAUUAUUAUUAUUCUGAAUGGGCAUUCAGUGUUGUAGCUUCUGUUCCUUUUUGUAUUUUGCCAGGCAUGUCCCUCAAGUCCCUGGUCCCAAAACUAAAGAGAAAAUAUUUUCUUAAAAAAAAAAAACUUAAAUAAAUUCUGUCACUUAUAGUAAUCAGUGGUAACAAUCUAGUGAGCCUUGGCAAAUUAAAGGAUGAAUUAUUUCUACUUUAGGAAUUUUUCCCUAGCUGUUCUGUCUUUUGUACUUUGCAAACUGUGGGGGAAGUUCACUGGCCUGUCAAGUGAUAGCAAUAGUUAUGACUGAGUAUAUGGAGAAGUCCAGUGACCAGCCAUGUCUUACACAAAUAAACCUGGUAGUACUGUGUACCUAGAGCUACUUAAAUUGUCAGCUUCAUCCUGCUAGGAAAUCUACGUGAUGACACCACAUCGUACAGCCAGCCUCCAGUGAUGUCACUUCCAUAUAUCAUGUGGCCAGUGUAGUCUGUCUCCACCUAUGGGAUUCUAGGCCCCAAUCAGUAUUAGCUAUAUAUAUAUAUAUAUAUAAAUAGAUAAUGCACUGAUAGAAUGUAUUCCUUUUCAGUUGUGUUUGUUCUAUGGGCAUGACUGCUCAAAAAUAAGAGUUAAAUAUUGUCAGCUUACCAUGACAGAAGCCCAAAUAUGUAUUUAAACAGUAAAGUUUUUCUUUUCUUUCAGCACUAAAAAGAGAUUUUUUUUUAAUCCAAAGAAUUUGGGAAACAAAAUACAAAUUAAGGCAGUGUGCAUUUUUCUCUCCUUAGUGUUAUGUGCCCCAGUCAUUUUGAAUAAAAUGUCCUACCUAAAAUUUUAUUAGAGAAUUCUACACACUGAAAAUGCUCAAUAGAGCUCUUAGAAAUAAAUAACAUUUUUAGAGUCUAGCCAAAAAUAAAACUUCAUUUGAUUUUAGCUUUAGAAACUCCAGUUUUAUUUUUAUUUGAGAACCGCAGUUUUUAAUAUCAGUUAAUAAAUUCCCCAAAAGAAUGAAGAGCCCUCAUUUUUUAUCCUAUAAUAGUAUGGAAAGCAUUGGUAUACAUAGAGUUGUUAGAGUAUUUGCUGUGCACAGAUGGCCUAUACUUUAAGCUGCCUACACCAUAACAGUGGAUAGGAGUGACUUCCUGUCAUACAGAGAGAAUAACAGGAUCAAAGGUUAAGUGAUCAUUGGUUGGGUUCUGUGGUCACUGUAAGAUUAGAAACAAGUUGUAAAUUUGCAGCUUUUCUUAGUACCUCAGUAGACUACUUAGCAAACUGCUUGAUUUCAGAUUCAGGAGGAGGAGUGUGAACGUGCUAGUAGCUCAGCAGAAACAUGUAUGAUCCUUUAGAGAAGGAGAGUGAGGCCCAAGCCCCAAGGACCCAUGACUUGAAUAUUCUCAAUGUGAGAUUUGUGCUAUUUUACCUUGUUAAUAUAUGGUGUCUUUCAACCAUUGGGCCUCAUUUCUAAACAGGUGAGCUAAAACAAGGUGUAAGAAUGGUGCUAAGUCAUUCAGGCAACAGAUUAAGACAUUUAGUUGAACAAUAAAAUAAUUUUGAAGAUAGCAGAGAGGAGACCUCAGCUGCAGGAGCUGAAGCAGAUGAGUGAGCUUGGGGACAUGCAGGUGAGGCCUUCCCGUCCCUUUCCCAGGGGUCAUCAUGGCACUAAUAAAGUGCUGCCUUUUUUUCCCCAUUACUUUGCAUUCCAAAAUUCAAUUCUCUAAUCAAUAACUACAAACAUUUCUCACUUUGCUAUCUAUGUCAUUCAAAACCCUUUGAUUCUCUGAAGUGAUUACACUAUUUCAUAUUUUUGUUCUUUUAACAGUUUAAUAAAAUUUGUCAAGCUUUCAGACAAAAAUCGACAUAGUUUCUUAGGCUAAAAAAUGAUUAUGUUAAAUUUAUGGUUCUUGCAACUACAAAAAUCAUGUUUUUCCCAAAUCUACUAAGUCAGUGUCACCACUGAUUAAACAAUAGAGGUUAUAGUUGACCUUUUGUAAAAGGUUCAUCUUUUUUCUGAUUGGUCUCAAUGUUUUGGGGAGGGUUAUUUGUCACCUGCUAAAUGGCAAAGAGAAAUUUAGGAUUUCUAAGUUAUGUAUACAUACAUUUCUCCAUUUCACAUACCAGCCUUGGUAGUAAAUCUUGAAAGCUCUGAACUUUAUCAUAUUUUAAGUUUCUACAACAUUAGAAUACAUAGUGAUGUGGGAUGGAGUUCAGUGGAUUUCAGUGAGAAUUUGACCUCUUCAGUGUUACAAAUCAACUCCACAGCAUUACCACACCUCCUCACCAAACCUGGAGAGUAAAAGCGUCUCAUUAGGCUUGGAGAGAUUGAGUUGAACAGCACAGGUCAGCCGGCUGACCGGACUGACUCGUGAUGGCUUUCUUAGAUAGUUGACAGACCUGAUAGUUGCCACUUAGAAACAACCCCCCGGAAGUGAUGGUAGAGAUGAGAGUUUCCCUGACAAGGAGGCACAGCAUACUAACUUCCAACUGAAGCAUACACAUUUCCUUACAGCAAACCUUUGGUCUACUUUAUUAUUCAAAUAAUGCCACCUUCUUUUUGUAUGGGGCCAUCUACAUCAGGAGGACAAUCAAAUAGCUUCUUGUUUGCCUUGGAAUCAGUGUGUCUGCUCCUACAGUCUCAUCUUGUAUACCUUUCAACUGCACUCCCACCAUAGUCUUUUCAUCUGCACCACCACAAGUAAGAGGACAGACCAUGGAACUUCUAGAAGAAUGUGGACUUCUAAGAAAGAGCAAGGAUCCCGGUUCACUUCACUGCCUUUUGAUGGUUAUCUCUGAAGUCCCUGCCUGCACUUCCCCAAUUGUCCAUAGCAACACAGCAUGGUGUGUGGAUAGGGAGAAAGAUUGUGAAAAUCCCUAAAGAGUAAUUGUUUGUGAUGUUGUUAUUCUUUUGAACUGUUAAGGUAAAAUUGUGAGCCACUCAUAUUUUGGUUGCAAAAAGAACAAAACUAAGCUUUAUUACAGUGUGAAGAUUAAUAUCGUGCUGUUUCCUGGAUUAGCGCUGAAGCUUGGAUCGACGAAGAGUAUUUAGGAGGGGAGUAGGGUGAGACAUUAUUUUUCUUUUCAAGCCCUCUCCCUCUACUUGUGUUUCCUUCACACACACCCCUCUCCACACUGUCAAUCAAAUGAUACUUCUCUAUGAAGCCCUGACUUAUAGUUGUCAAAGUGAUUAGUCCUCUGUGGGUGAUUCUCUCUCUUUUUUCUCCCUUGCUUUCUUUCCUUCUCCACUCUGGUAAAUGGAAAAGGUGAUGUCAAAGAAUCGAUGCUUGCUUGGACCCAUGUUGUACCUGUGACAAUGCUACUAGCUAUCUCCUUUCCUUCUUCUAUGGGUAGAAUUCUUAAGCCAUGUGGAGUUCCCUUCUGGAUUCGUAGGUUAAAUGCACAAUGUGGUACUGUUCUAUAGUUUCUAGGUGGUUGUAAAAAGCAAAAAGUUAAUGUGGUUAUGUGUUUUUAAAAGAAAACAAGUGAUUGGUUACAAAAUUCUGUCCUUUUUUCAUUAUUACAAGCUCUCUGUUUUUCAACA